GGUUUGAGACAAGAAAACACUCUUCUCUGGGUUGUUCAGAUGUGUUCUGUCAUGUCGUGGCUGCUCUUCCUGUGCCUCUGGCUCAGUGUCACUGCCAUUCAACUGUGUCAGGCCACUUUCUAUGACACCAUCCCUCAGCAUCCCGGGACCAGGCCUGGACGCACCACCCUCCACAUGAUCGAGGGGGGUACAUGUGAGGUAAUUGCAGCUCACAGAUGCUGUAACAAGAAUCGAAUUGAAGAACGCUCUCAGACAGUCAAGUGCUCCUGUCUCCCCGGGAAAGUCGCAGGAACUACACGGAACAGACCAUCCUGUGUAGACGCGUCCAUAGUAAUUGGGAAGUGGUGGUGUGAGAUGGAGCCUUGCCUGGAGGGAGAAGAAUGCAAGACGCUGCCUGACAACUCGGGCUGGAUGUGCUACGCUGGCAACAAGAUCAAAACCACCAGGAACUCACAGCCAUACCCGACAUCAACAUAUUAA